GCAGAAGGGAGGAAAAUAAAAAUGGCAGAGCUACAAAUGCUGUUAGAGGAAGAAAUUCCGGCUGGGAAGAGAGCUUUAGUCGAGAGCUACCAGAAUCUCUCCAGAGUCGCGGAAUACUGCGAGAAUAAUUAUGUCCAGGCUCAGGAUAAAAAGAAGGCCUUGGAGGAGACUAAAGCCUACACCACCCAGUCGCUGGCCAGCGUGGCGUAUCAGAUCAACGCUCUGGCCAACAAUGUGCUGCAGCUGCUGGACAUCCAGGCAUCUCAGCUGCGCCGCAUGGAGUCAUCCGUCAAUCACAUCUCCCAGACCGUGGACAUCCACAAAGAAAAGGUUGCACGACGAGAGAUUGGGAUUUUGACCACCAACAAAAACACGUCACGGACGCACAAAAUAAUCGCCCCUGGAAACAUGGAGCGGCCGGUGCGCUACAUCAGGAAGCCGAUUGAUUACACGCUGCUGGACGAUGUGGGACACGGCGUCAAGUGGCUAAAGGCGAAGCAAGGGAACAGUCAGCCGGCCAGGUCCGGGGGCGGGACUUUAUCAAGGACUAAUCCGCCGACGCAGAAGCCACCAAGCCCACCCAUGGCGGGGCGGGGCACCCUGGGGAGAAACACACCCUAUAAGACUUUAGAGCCUGUGAAACCUCCCGUGGUGCCAAAUGACUAUAUGACGAGUCCGGCGAGGCUCGGUGGUCAGAGCAGCCCAGGACGCACAGCAUCGGUCAACCAGAGACCCCGAACACACAGUGGAAGCAGCGGCGGUAGCGGCGGACGAGAGAACAGCGGGAACAGCGUGGGAAUUCCUCUGGCUGUUCCGACACCUUCUCCUCCGAGCAUGGCACCAGUGGUACCUCCAGGUCCAGGUCUGGGUCCUGUUCCGAUGUCUCAGUUUGGUACUAUUUCCCGGCAGAUCUCGAGGCACAGCUCUUCCAGUGCCUCGUCCUCUGCCUCCAUGGUGUCAGCGACUGGUACGUACCGCCGCGCCCCGUCCAGCUCAUCACAGUUCUCCGUGCCCCAGUCACACCUUAAUGGCGGUCCCACGUACCCUCAAAACCCGGCUCCGGUCUCUGUUGCACCACCGCCACCUCCUGUGGCACAGCUCACACCCCAGAUUCCUCUCACUGGAUUUGUGGCCCGGGUUCAAGAGAACAUUUCAGAUAGUCCCUCCCCUCCUCCACCGCCUCUCCCUGAAGAAACACCCAUGUUUGAGGAAGCAGCCCCGCCCCCUCCCCCGCCCCCUGUAGACUACGAGGAAGAGGACGCUGCGCUAGUGCAUUACAACGACCCCUACGCAGACGGAGACCCUCAUUGGGCCCCGAAGUCCUACAUAGAAAAGGUGGUGGCUAUCUACGACUACACCAAGGACAAGGAUGACGAGCUGUCCUUCAUGGAAGGUGCCAUCAUUUACAUCAUCAAGAAAAAUGACGACGGCUGGUUCGAGGGCGUGUGCAACGGCAUCACUGGACUGUUUCCUGGCAACUACGUGGAGUCCAUCAUGCACUAUGCUGACUAA